AUGCGAUCACCAGUGCUUCUAUUAGUGCUUGCUGUAGCCUCGCUCGUAGCAAGUGGCAGCGCAAUCUUCAUAAAUGGAAUCACCAAUCGAUGUGCUGGAGAAGGCAAAACGGGGGAAACCCGUUUCUUGCGGUUGAAAGACGCGGAAAGCGACAAGCAGGAAGAGAGGGCUCUUAAUUUAAACAUCUUGAAGAAGAUGUUGCCGGGAACAAGUGCUUUCAAGAAUGCAAAGACACUCAAAGUGGCUCAGAGGGAAGCGGCGAAAGCUAACAGCGCAGCGAAACGAAAGGCUAAGUUGGAUACGUGGUUCAGCAAGUAUACACGCGAUGAGUAUCUCUACAAGAACGCCUUCCCGACGUGGAAAGAGGACAAUAUGUCUCCAGCUUCUGUCCGACAAUACUUUGAAGAACGUGGCAUAUCGGGUGAGGUGGUCAAUACGAUUGCGAAUCGCUUCGGUGUCUAUCAACGUGAAAAGCUUCCAUAAAUCUCAAUGCAGGGUCUUGCCAAACAUAGUCGCUCGAUUGGGUGCUAACAAAAGUGCCGCUGAUACGAAGCAGAAUCUUCGUACAGAAAGAGCUGACUAUCUGACUCAGUG